GGAGAGCAAACCUCCCAAACUGAUCCCUGCUCUCCACAGCAAGUGCAUUCCAGAAAGAUCCAUGCUCCAAAAAGGACAGGGCAGGAAGUUCAGCUCGCUGGGGAAAACCAGAUCCAGAGACAAGGGACCUUUAUCAGCCUGAACUUCAUCUCCGCCCCAGAAAAGCUGCACCCGGCCCAGUCCUGCCAGAGGAAACUUCCAGAAGGUCUUCAUUUGGGGACUUGGAGCUUCCAGUGGCUGCACUCUCAUCCCAGCUGGAACUUGGUCCCCAGGCCUGCUUAUCUCCAGCCUGAAAUGAUUUGGCUGCAGCUUCCCCUGUGGGUGUCAGUGCCUUCCUGCCUGCAGGAUUAAGGGAUCCAUUCCAAUCUCUCCGUUGGCAGGUGUGUGAAAGCCUCUGGUUUCUCCUACCUUUUCCUGUGCUUUCUGCUAAAAGAACAGCUUUUCCUUAGGCAAUUUCGGUGCUCUGGUGCUGCCCGGUGCAGAACACACCACACUCCCUUGACCCCACAACAUCCACACUCAGCUCCUGCUCAGCCUGGAUGGACCAGAGGGGAAAAGCUCCAUCCCAAGCACCCUCAGGCCCUGGGUGCUCCGGGGCUCCUGCAUCCCUGGGCCAUCUCCCAGCCAUCCCCGCCGAGUCAGGCCGCUGCCUCCAUCCUGCCGUAUCCCAGUGGAAAAGCGGCUCUCUCCUGGGAACGGGGCACGGGCUGGCAGCCCCGCGCCUCCUGCAGCGGCACCUGCGGCCCGGGAGUGGCUCCGGGCCGGGCGUGGGCAGCGCGGGAGCUGCCGGGCCAUUGUUGCGGAAGCGCCGAUGGGAUCGGGCACAGAUGGGAGACACGGAGCUGUCGCAACGAGCCGGGAUUGGAAAAUGUUAUAAUUGGGAUGGUAAACAAGUUCACAAGGACCCCAUUGAGGCAAGGCAUUGCCAUGGUAACCGCCCAGAAAAGUCUGGGAAUGAGGAAGGGAUCGAUCCGUGGGGGCAGCGGAGGGAAGGCGCCGGGGCUGCUCCGGGGAAUGAGGGCUCUGGGACGUGCUCCAAGCCUGCCCCGCUGCUCCAGGCUCCCAGCUGUGUGGGAUGGGAUGCCGUGCUUGCAGGGCCUGUGGGAUGGGGCUGGAAAGGGCCCUUUGGGGUUGGAACGCAGCCCCCGGUGCUGCGGGGCCUUUCCCAUCAGGCCGAGCAGCACUGGAGCUCUGUGGGCUGGGCAGGACGGAGCCUCAGCAUCCCCAGGAUGCGCUCACCUCCCGGGGCUGUGCUUGGACAGCAGGCACAGGUGCCGUUCGGGGUGCCCUGUGCAGGCCACUCCUCAUCCAGGUGGGUCCUUCACCCCAGGAGAUCCUGUGAUCUUUCCAGCUGGGAACAGCACGGAGCCGGUAGCACUUCACCAUCACCAUCAAGAUGGGCAGUGGCGUGUUUGGAGUCCCUCGUGCCCCAGCCUCUCAAGCCACAGAUUCCAUAAAUGAGAUAGGUGGGGUUGGAAGUGACCACUUUUCAGCACAAGGAGCAAUCCCCCCUCCCUCUGCAGCCCACACCUCCCUGCCGCGGCCUCUCCCAGGUUUAGGGCCAGAAGUUGGA